UGUAGGAGAAAGGUUACCAACUCUCAUAAUGUAAUGGGAAAUGUUUCUGUCUCUUUAAAGUUUUCACCAAUGGACCGGCCCUGGGCUUCCUGAGUUGUGAAUUCUGAGUGACUUCCUCUGAGUGCUGACAGGAAAGAACCUACUUCACUCACAGCAAAGGGAAAACAAUAGGUCCAGGUUUCUUGCAGCCAGCUUCAGAGCCGGACACCAGGAAAGGUAAGCAUGAAAGGAUGGAAGAUGGCGAGAGAUGAAGAAAGUGUUUAUGGUUCAAGAGAGGACAGCCGGGCCCUGCAGGAGCCCACGCUGAGGCUCAUCCUGGUGGGGAAGACUGGAGCCGGCAAGAGCGCCACCGGGAACAGCAUCCUGGGCCAGCGGCGCUUCCUCUCCAGGCUCGGAGCCACGUCUGUCACCAAAGCCUGUGCCGUCGGGGUCCGGUGGUGGGAAAACUGGCGGGUGGAAAUCAUAGACACUCCGGACAUUUUCAGUUGUGAAAUCCCCGAGGCAGAGCCCGAGUGCGAGGAGAGAGGUCGCUGCUACCUGCUCUCCGCCCCGGGUCCCCACGCGCUGCUGCUGGUGACCCAGCUGGGCAGGUUCACCGCCCAGGACCAGCAGGCGGUGAGGACUCUGAGCCAUCACACUUUCCACCCCAGCUAGCGGCUGCUCUUUAAUUCCAUGUGCUCAGCGUCACCGGAACCCGUGAGCUGCCUUCCCCCAGACCAGGGUGCUCUGUCUGCUGCUACUUGCCUUCCAGAAAGAGGACCAGCCUACCAAGCAUCGCUGACCAGAGGACGGGCCCGACAGCCGUUCCUGAAGAGAAUGGAAGGGCCUCAGAACAGCAAUUACGGAACGCUGGCUGAAGGUAGAUUAGAAGAUAGCUGGUAUUCAACGUCACCCUCAUUAAGGAUGAUCCUGGUGGGCAAAACAGGCUGUGGGAAGAGCGCCACAGGGAACAGCAUCCUCUGCCAGACAGUGUUUGAGUCCAAGUUGGGGACCCAGGCAGUGACCAGGACAUGCCAGAGGGAGACAGGCUCAUGGAACGGGAGGAACAUCCUGGUGGUCGAUACACCCUCCAUUUUCGAAGUCAAGGCCCAGGCCCAAGAGAUGUACAAGGACAUCGGGGACUGCUACCUGCUCUCUGCCCCGGGGCCCCACGUGCUGCUCCUGGUGACCCAGCUGGGGCGCUUCACGGCCCAGGAUGUGGUGGCCGUCAGGAGGGUGAAGGAGGUCUUUGGGGUAGGGGCCAUGAGGCACGUGAUCAUCCUCUUCACCCACAGGGAAGACUUAGGGGGCGAGGCCUUGAGCGAUUAUGUGGCGAACACGGACAACCACAGCCUGAAGGGCCUGGUGCGGGAGUGCGGGUGGAGGUACUGCGCCUUCAACAACAGGGCCACAGGCGAGGAGCAGCGGCGGCAGCUGGCGGAGCUCAUGGCUGUGGUGGAGAGGCUGGAGCGGGAGCGGGAGGGCUCCUUCUACCGCAACGGCCUCUUCGUCGAUGCCGAGAUGCUCCAGGGAGGCAGGGACAGCCCCUGCCAGGAAGACUACAGGCAGUACCUGGGCAGGGUGAGACAGCAGGUGGAAAAGCAGAAGCGAGAGCUGGGAGAGGAGGAGAGUAACUGGGCGGCCAAGGCGCUGCUCAGGGCCUGGCGCUGGAUGGCUUCACACAUGUUAAUAUCUGUCUUUGCCAUAGGUGUUCUGAUUUUUAUUGUCAUUUUAAUCAUCUUGUCUACUGCUCAUGGAUAGUGAGCAUUUUCAGGUGAUUUCUACAAUCUAUCUCCCCUUUUUCUUUUUCAGAGGACAUACAGCACUUUGCUUUUUGUAUAAUUUCAUUCUCAAUUUCUCUUCCUUGGGUCACUUCAAGUGCUUUAAGUAAAUAAAAUACAGAAGAAAAAGUUUUUUCUCCAGCGGUGCAUCUUACAAGGGUAUAUGUGAAACUUGGUAAACGGCCUGUGAAGCUAGUGAAUGAUGCCCCAUGAUCAUAUCAAUGUACACAGCUAUGAUUUAAUAAAUAAAAUAAAAUAAAUUAAAAAAAAGAAA